AUGUACACAUCCCUUACUGCAUUUGUGAGCGCGCUGGUGCUUGCCACUGGCGUGCUCGCGAAGAAGCACGAGCACAUUAGAGAUCUCCAGGUCGUUAAUAAAUACAUCGCCCCCGAUGGCCAUAAUCGCUCAACUGUCCUUGUGGAUGGCGUCUUUCCGGGACCCCUCAUUGCUGGAGAGAAGGGCCACCGCUUCCUUCUUAACGCUGUCGAUAAGCUCCAUGACACGACCAUGGACGUGGAGACAACAAUUCACUGGCACGGCAUGUUCCAACAUAAGUCAGCCUGGUCGGACGGUGUAGCUUGGGUCACGCAGUGUCCCAUCGAGCCACAGCACUCCUUCCUCUACAAUUUCACAUCACCAAGGCAGGCAGGCACCUUUUGGUACCAUUCGCACUUGUCGACGCAGUAUUGCGAUGGCUUGCGUGGGCCUUUGGUUAUAUAUGAUCCCGACGAUCCGUACUAUAAUGACUAUGAUGUUGACGACGAGACGACGGUUAUUACGCUAGCAGACUGGUAUCAUAAUGUCUCCUCUCAAGAGCCCACUUUUCCUACGAACGACGCUACUCUAAUUAAUGGGAAAGGGCGAACCGUCACGACCACCUAUAAUGGAACCGACUACCUAUCCGAAAUCGUCGUCGAACCAGGGUUGAAGUAUCGGUUCCGUCUCAUCAACAUGGCUUGCGAGCCCUACUACAACUUCACCAUCGCCGGGCAUAAGAUGACCAUCAUAGAAGCUGACGGAGUGACUGUGCAUCCCGUCCGUGACGUCGACCAAAUCCAGAUUCAUGCGGGUCAAAGAUACUCCUUCAUCCUGCAUGCGAACCAACGUCCCGACAAUUACUGGAUACACUCCGACCCCAACACCGGCAACACCAUCAACAACAGCGAUCCCAGUCUGAAUGCCGCAAUCCUACGGUAUAGUUCUGUUCCCCUUGCGCUGCCAAAUGCCACCAGGAACAAUGCGACGCCGAACAAGCCGCUCGUGGAGACUGAUCUUCACCCUUUGCAACGCAUGCCUGUUCCUGGACAUCCUUUCCCCGGAGGUGUAGACAAGCGAUUCUUCUUCAAUAUUACCUUCAACGCCACCGGCCCGAACGGCACCCCGAGCUUCGACGUUAAUGGAACCACUUUCCAGAACCCUGAAUUACCUGUCCUUCUUCAGAUCUUGAAUGGCGAUCAGAAGCCGCAGGACUAUAUGCCGAAGGGCAGCGUGUACGACCUCCCUAAGCAUUCCACGAUUGAGGUUGCGUUCUACAUGAAUACAUCGGCAGGGCCGGGACCUCAUCCCAUUCAUCUCCACGGCCAUACGUUCUGGGUAGUCCGCAGUGCAGGCAACUCCUCAUAUAACUGGGACAACCCAGUCGUUCGCGACACGGUCUCCAUUGGCAACGACCCCAACGAACUGACCACGAUCCGGUUCAGGACGGAUAACCCGGGCCCGUGGUUCUUGCACUGUCAUAUCGAUUACCAUCUUGCUGCUGGGUUCGCUGUGGUGAUGGCUGAAGAGCCCGACGAAGUGGCAGUUGCCAAUGCCCCUAUUCCCAAGGCGUGGUACGACCUUUGUCCGACCUCCGGCGCUUCGACACAAUACAGGAAUGCUAGCCUUUCUGGCAUUAACGCCAGUUGA